UACAGGUAAUGAGUGGAGAACAGGAGGACUUCUUAAAGAAAAACUAACAGGUCUGUGAGAGCUGAAAUUCUUACUGGUUGGUAGGUGAUCAAAUACUUAUGUCAUGCAAUAAAAUGCAAAUUAAUUACAAAUCAUACAAUGUGAUUUUCUGGAUGUUUGUUUUAGAUUCCGUCUCUCACAGUUCAAGUGUACCUAUGAUAAAAAUGACAGACCUCUACAUGCUUUCCACUAAAACACUUAACCGCGGUAUUGCUGAGUUCAUUGUGAUGGCCGCAGACGCAGAGCCCCUGGAGAUCAUCCUCCACCUGCCACUGCUCUGCGAGGACAAGAACGUGCCCUAUGUGUUUGUGCGCUCCAAGCAGGCCCUGGGACGCGCCUGUGGGGUCUCACGCCCAGUCAUUGCCACUUCAGUCACCAUCAAGGAGGGCUCGCAGCUCAAGCCCCAGAUCCAGUCUACCCAGAUGGGCAUUGAGAGACUGCUGGUGUGAGCAGAGAGCUCAGGAUGGGGGUUGUAGGGUUAAUGGGACACCACCUGCUUUGGUCAUAUUCAGAUUUCUGUAAAUGGGACGGACUA